UGAAGACCCUGGAUAAGCACUGUUUUCUUUACUGGAUACAUCACUGGAGCCUCCAUUUUCCCGGAGACCGAGGUCCCUCCCUCUCCAUGGAUUUGGGCUGCUGGAUUACAAACAGAGGAUGCAGAAUUUCAAUGAUCUCCCGGAGGAUGUCGUGCUGGAAAUUCUCUCAUUGGUCCCUAGUACAGACCUAACCCGUAGCUGCCGACGUGUCUGCUCUAUGUGGAAGGACCUAACUGACUCUCCAACUCUGUGGAAGACAAAGUGUCAGCGAAUGGGAUACCUCCCCAAAGACUACGAAAGAUAUCCCAGUGACUGGAAGAUUUAUUAUCGUCUCUGCAGCUUAAAAAAAAACUUACUGAAAAACCCAUGUGCUUUAGAAAAAUUUAAACACUGGAAAAUUGAAGAGAAUGGGGGAGAUAGGUGGAAGAUAGAAGAUUUGCCCGGAGAACAUGGUCAGAAUAUCCACGAUGAAAAAGUAAAAAAGUAUUUUGUAACCUCAUAUGGUUCUUGCAUGAAAUCCCAAAUUAUUGAUCUCAAGAAAAAUGGAUACCAGGAUAAAUUAAUGGAUAUUGUGCAGCCAGAGAUUGUGAUUAAAGACUGGUUUGCUCCCAGACAUGACUGUGGCUCUAUGUAUAUAGUGCUGGUUCGUCUACUUUCCAAAAAAAAAGAAACCAUACAGGAAUUCUGUCCUGGACCUGUCUAUAUGGAGCAGUGGAGUAAUGCCGAGUGGAAAGAGAUGACUCACACAUUUCGCGAUUACGGAGAGGGAGUCCGUUAUAUAUAUUUCCAACAUGGUGGAAAAGACACCCAGUUUUGGGCUGGAUGGUAUGGAGUCCGAGUGACUAACAGCAGUGUCACUAUUCAACCAGAAAAUCUCCUUGCGUGAUCGUGGAAUGACCAACGUAUGCCCCUUAUUCUGCUGCCACACUAGGACACUGGAUAUCUUUCAGCAAAUUAAUUUACCUUUUAUAAUCUGAAACUUAUUUAAAGCCUUAUUAGUAACGUGUCUAAACUGACUAUGACACAAGAAUGCUUUAAAAUGUUCUGAUUCUGCUAAAGGGACACUCUAAGCAACAUAACCAUUUAACAGCUCACUGUAUUAGUUAUGGUCUCUGAGUGCUGUCCCCAUCCGAAGCACUCUCAGCCUAUCACGUUUAUCCACAUCGGACAAAAUUGGCACUGAUAAUGCUGAAGUGUAGAUGCUACAUUACCAACGUCACCAAUGACGAGGGAGGUCUCUAGAUGCCAGGGAGAGGCUCAGUCUUUUUCAAGCAACCCUCAAAUAUUUUGCAAACGAAUCAAGGAAGGU